AUGCAGUUUAGGUGUAGUUUCUUGUGUUUUGUUCUUGUCCUUUAUGGCGUCUGGCGUCUUGCCGUUGUUGGGGAUCUUGUCGCCGGCGCACUCGAGCUGCGCCCGGUGGCUGGCGGUUGUUCCUCUCCUGCUCAUGAUGCUCUGGUGGUCGGAGCUGGAGGUCUCAGAGGUAGAGGAGGGGAGGAAGUGGAAGAGGAGAAGUUGAGGGCUGGGUCUACAUCAUCUUCUUCCUGGCCCUGGAGCGCAUCACCAGCAGCUCAGCUGUCGGAGCGACGACGACCUCCUCCAGAUGGUCGAUGGUCGGCCUCUGCCUGUCUGCUGGAUCCUCUGACUGAAUGGCAGUCAAUUCGAGCUACGGUGUGCAACCGGCUCAUCUCGUUCCUCCAAGCCGUUGUGCCAUUCGGAGGCAGAUCUUCUUCCUUGGAGUGGUCGUUCCACCGUCCGGCGAGGCUUCACCUCGCGACGGCCGCGGUGUGGCGGCAAUCGUUGCGUCCCAAGUGGUCCGUCCCCGGUGGCGCUGCGGUCAAGCUCUCGAGGAAGAUUUUAGGGGCAGGAUCGCGUUUCUUUUCGUGGGCUUGGGGUCCUCUUUGCAGUUUGCCAGGUCUGAAUUGUAUUUUCUUCUUUGUUUUGUGCCUGGAUGUAAACUGUACUUGGCCUUAUCAUAAUAUAAUCUGAGUCAGGGUCCUUCGGGACCCUUCCUGUGUUCAAA